GGGGACGCACGCUCUCUCUGACCGUCCCCACCGCCCCCCGCCCAGGUCAAUGCGGACGCCCGGACGCUGAGCCAUGCCGGGUCCCGGACAUCGAGCACCGAGCCAAACCCCUUCACCCAGAUAGCCAUGAACAGCUGCAAGUACAACGGCGGGGUGGGGCAGCCCCUGAGCGGGCUGGGCUCCCCCCCCAGGGAGGCCCCCGAGCCUGAGGCCCAGCCGCUGCAGCCCCUGCACGGCUCCGGCCUGGAGGUGGUGGUGUCCAAGUCGGAGCAGGAGGGGGAGGAGGAAGAGGACGAGGAGGAGGAGGAGGACGAGGACGGGCGCCGCCCUCGGAACCAGAAGAAGAACCAGAAUGUCGGGUACCGGCUGGGGCACCGGCGCGCCCUCUUUGAGAAGCGGAAGCGGCUCAGCGACUAUGCCCUCAUCUUUGGCAUGUUCGGCAUCGUUGUCAUGGUGACGGAGACGGAGUUGUCCUGGGGUGUCUACACCAAGGAGUCUUCAUAUUCAUUUGCACUAAAAUGCCUUAUCAGCCUUUCUACCGUCAUCCUGCUAGGUCUCAUCAUCAUGUACCAUGCCCGGGAGAUCCAGCUCUUCAUGGUGGACAAUGGAGCGGACGACUGGCGCAUCGCCAUGACAUAUGAGCGGAUUUUCUUCAUUACCUUGGAGCUGGUGGUGUGUGCCAUCCACCCCAUCCCUGGCCAGUACCUGUUCACCUGGACAGCCCGCCUGGCCUUCACCUACACCACGUCGGUGGCGGACGCCGAUGUGGACAUCAUCCUGUCCAUCCCCAUGUUCCUGCGACUCUACCUCAUCGGGCGGGUUAUGCUGCUGCACAGCAAGCUGUUCACGGACGCCUCGUCCCGCAGCAUCGGGGCCCUCAACAAGAUCAACUUCAACACCCGCUUUGUCAUGAAAACCCUGAUGACCAUCUGUCCGGGCACCGUCCUCCUGGUCUUCAGCAUCUCCUCCUGGAUCAUCGCCGCCUGGACCGUGCGGGUCUGUGAGAGGGAAAAACUGUACCACGACAAGCAGGAAGUGACCAGCAAUUUCCUGGGGGCCAUGUGGUUGAUCUCCAUCACCUUCCUGUCCAUCGGCUACGGGGACAUGGUGCCGCACACCUACUGUGGAAAGGGGGUCUGCCUGCUCACGGGAAUCAUGGGAGCGGGCUGCACUGCCUUGGUGGUGGCCGUGGUGGCUCGGAAGCUGGAACUGACCAAAGCCGAGAAGCACGUGCACAACUUUAUGAUGGACACUCAGCUCACCAAGCGGGUAAAAAACGCUGCUGCCAACGUACUCAGGGAAACGUGGCUCAUCUAUAAACACACCAAGCUGGUGAAGAAACCCGACCACGCCAGAGUUCGGAAACACCAGCGUAAGUUCCUCCAAGCCAUCCAUCAGGCUCAGAAGUUGAGGAGUGUGAAAAUGGAGCAGAGGAAACUGAAUGACCAGGCCAACACGCUGGUAGACUUGGCAAAGACACAGAAUGUUAUGUUCGACAUGGUCUCAGAGCUCCAGGAACGCAACGAAGACUUGGAGAAGCGGAUCGUCGCCCUGGAGAACAAGAUUGACGCCCUCAGUGCCAGCCUUCAGGCCCUGCCCGGACUCAUCACCCAAGCCAUACGCCAGCGGCCGGCACCCCCACCCCGGGAGGGCGGCCCUCCCCGCCCCGGUCCCGGCUCCCAUAGCUCGGAGCACUCAGCCUGGACCCCCACCCGCCGGCGCAAAUCCCCCUCCACCGCCCCCCAUACCUCCUCUGACAGCGGGUGACGCGGGGGGAGGUGUGGUGGAGGGAGGCUCAGAGAAGGCCCGCAGGAUGGUGCCCGCGGGGGGACAGGAAGGGUGGGGAACACCACGGGCAUGGAAACCAACAAACCAACUCAGACGAUUUAUGUUUAGCCAUUGUAUGGCUGAUUAACUCAGCUUUGUUUUGUAAAGCCCUGUAUAGUUAUAUCUCUUGGAGUUCAAGAUGCUGGAGUGAAACAGCCACCUUUAUGUGGUGUCAUACGGGUGAGGUCGGCCGACCUCCACCCGUUAAUCCGGGUCAAUUCUCCACGGGGCCACCAGGGGGAGCUACGGGCAUGGAACUUCCAGGGAUGGGACUCUUCGGAGGAGGGGCUUCUGCGGAUCGGGGCGGGGCAGAGGGGGAGUUUAACAGCCAGCUGGCCCUGCUUGCUGUGGGUCACUUUACGGUUUGUUGGGCAAAUGCCCUUUGAGGAAGUCUUGACUUUGAAGGCAGAUGGGGGUGGGGAGCAGGAAGUGAGGCAACAUUCGAUCUGACUCAGCCUCCUCCCCCCGCCCCUCAUCUUCUUUGGCCUCCUGCCUUUCCAUCCUUGGAGCCUAAUUCAGCAGGUGCUGCUUAAUCUUUGAAGCCUCCACACCAGGAUGCUCGGGGUGAGAAGACCAGCCGUUUCCCUUCCCGCCGUGUUCCCCGGACCCCCACUACCCUAAGGGGCUUGGCGAGGGUCUUUCUCUUCCCCAGCAGGUCCAGCCCAUCCGAAGGAGACUUUUCACCUCUCGGCGACUCCUUUGAAGGACUCAACAGGCAAAGAUGUCUAAGGGGAAGACCCCGAUAGGCAUGGGGACUGUUUUAGAGGCAUAAU